UGGUUGCUGGAGGGAAGGACAGGAUGUAUCUGGGGCUGAAGCGGUGCUUUCUCCAUGUGGCUGUGAUGGGUGUUCUGCUGGCUGUGGGAGCCACAGAAGGACCAAGAGACGACGACUGGCCUGGUGUCUCGAGGCAGCUCAGAAAGAAAGACUGGAACAGGCGACUGUAUCCAGAAUGGACAGAAGUCCAGGGGUCUGACUGCUGGAGAGGUGGCCAGGUGUCCCUGAAGGUCAGUAAUGAUGGGCCCACUCUGGUCGGGGCAAAUGCCUCCUUCUCUAUUGCCUUGCACUUCCCUGAAAGCCAAAGGGUGCUGCUGGAUGGGCAGGUCAUCUGGGCCAACAAUGCCACAAUCAAUGGGAGCCAAGUGUGGGAAGGACAGCCAGUGUAUCCCCAGGACCUUGAUGAUGCCUGCAUCUUCCCUGACGGUGGACCCUGCCCAUCUGGCCCGUGGUCUCAGAGAAGCAGCUUUGUUUAUGUCUGGAAGACCUGGGGCCAAUACUGGCAAGUUCUGGGAGGGCCAGUAUCUGGGCUGAGCAUUGGCACAGGCAGGGCAGUGCUGGGCACACAUACCAUGGAAGUGACCGUCUACCACCGCCGGGGGUCCCGGAGCUACGUGCCCCUUGCCCACUCCUGCUCAUCCUUUACCAUCACUGAUCAGGUGCCCUUCUCCGUGAGUGUAUCCCAGCUGCAGGCCUUGGAUGGAGGGAAUAAGCAGUUCCUGAGGAAUCAACCUCUGACCUUUGCCCUCCAACUGCACGACCCCAGUGGCUAUUUGACGGGGGCUGACCUCUCCUACACGUGGGACUUUGGAGACAAUAGUGGGACCCUGAUCUCUCGGGCACUUGUGGUCACUCACACAUACCUGGAAGUUGGCCCAGUCACUGCCCAGGUGGUGCUGCAGGCUGCCAUUCCUCUCACGUCCUGUGGCUCUUCCCCAGUUCCAGGCACCACAGAUGGGUACAUGUCAACUACAGAGGUCCCUGGCACCACAGCUGGGCAAGUGCCUACUGCAGAAGUUGUAGGUACUACACCUGGUCAGGUGCCAACUACAGAGCCCUCUGGAACCACAGCUGCGCAAGUGCCAACCACAGAGGUCAUCAGUACUAUACCUGGGCAGGCACCAACCUCAGGGGUCACGGGUACCAUACCUGCAGAGGUGUCAACUUCAGAGGUCAAAGGUAUUACACCUACAGAGGUGUCAACUUCAGAGGUCAUAGGUACCACACCUGCAGAGGUGUCAACUGCAGAGCCCUCUGAAACCACAGCUGCACGGAUAACAACUGCAGAGGUGGUGGAGGUCACAGCUGGACAGGUAGCCAGCUCUGAGCCUGAGGGUCCAGAUGCCAGCCCAUUCAUGCCUACAGAAGGUAUUACAGGCUCCAUGAACCCCCUGCUGGAAGACACAGCUACCCUACUCCUGGUGAAGCGACAUGUCCCCCUGGAUUGCAUUCUGUAUCGAUAUGGCUCCUUUUUUCUCACCCUGGACAUUGUCCAGGGUAUCGAGAGUGCCGAGAUCCUGCAGGCUGUGCCAUCCAGUGAGGGGGAUGCAUUUGAACUGACUGUGUCUUGCCAAGGCGGGCUGCCCAAGGAAGCCUGUAUGGACAUCUCAUCACCAGGGUGCCAGCCCCCUGCCCAGAGGCUGUGCCAGCCUGUGCCAUCCAGCCCAGCCUGCCAGCUAGUUUUGCAUCAGGUACUGAAGGGAGGCUCAGGGAUCUACUGCCUCAAUGUGUCUUUGGCUGAUGCCAACAGCCUGGCAAUGGUCAGCACCCAGCUUGUCAUGCCUGCCAUGCCUGGGAUUCUGCUCACAGGUCAAGAGGCAGGCCUUGGGCAGGCUCCCCUGUUUGUGGGCAUCUUACUGGUGUUGAUGGCUGUGGUGCUUACAUCUCUGAUAUAUAGGCAAAAACUUAGGAAGCAGGGCUCAGCUCUCCCCCUUCCCCAGCUGCCACAUGGUGCCAUCCACUGGCUGCGUCUGCCCCAGGUCUUCCACCCUUGCCCCACUGGUGAGAGCAGCCCCCUCCUCAGUGGGCAGCAGGUCUGAGUACUCUCAUGGGAUGCCACGAUUUACCUGGGGGUUGGCAGCCAACUCCUAUCUUUUCUCCAG